GCAAGCUGCGCCAGGCGCUGGGCGCGGUGAAGGACCAGACGAGCAUCGGGCUGGCCAAGGUCGGCAGCGGCGGCUCCCUGGAGGCGGACCUGGACGUGGCCAUCGUCAAGGCCACCAGGCACAGCGAGUCGUUCCCCGCCGACGAGCGCCACAUCCGGGAGAUCGUCACGCUCACCCGCCUCUCCCGGGUGUACGUCGGCUCCUGCGUGUCCUCGCUGUCGCGCCGCCUCGGGCGCACCCGGAGCUGGGCGGUCGCGCUCAAGACCCUCGUCAUCGUGCACCGCCUCCUCGCCGAAGGGGACCCGGCGUUCGAGCAGGAGGUGUUCUACGCCACGCGCCGCGGGACGCGGAUGCUCAACAUGUCCGACUUCUGCGACAGCUCCCGCGCCGACGCCUGGGACUUCUCCGCGUUCGUCCGCACCUUCGCCGCGUACCUCGACGACUGCCUCGAGUGCCGGAUGCAGGGCAAGCAGCAGGGUGGUGGUGGUGCCGCCCCGCGCGGCGGUGGCAGGCCGCUCCACGAGGAGAUGUACGCAUCCCCCGGGAACCGCUUCGCCUGCGGCAUCGCCGCCUUCAACGGGAGACAAGAGGACGCGGCGGACGCCGAGGCACAGAGGACGGUGGCUCUCGUGGCCAGGGACCCGCCCACGAGAGAGAUGACGGUGGAUCAGCUGCUCGUCAAGGCCAACCAGCUGCAUCAUCUCCUCGACCGGUUCAUCGCCUGCCGCCCUGUAGGCGCGGCCAAGGCGAACCGAGUGGUGGGGGUCUCUCUGUACCCGCUGAUCAAGGAGAGCGUGCAGCUCUACUGCGAGCUCACGGAGGUGACGGCCACGCUCAUCGAGCAGUUCGCGGAGAUGGAGACCGCGGACUGCGAGCGCGUGCACGCCCUCUUCUGCGGUCUCGCCAAGCAGAUGGAGGAGCUCGAGACGUUCUACGCGUGGUGCAAGGUCGCCUGCGUGUGCCGCCAGUCCGACGUGCCGGAGGUGGUGGAGGCCGUCACGCAGAAGAAGCUGGAACUCAUGGACGAGUUCAUCCGCGACAGGCACGCCGCGGACUCGCAGCAGAGGCUCUCGCCGCCGGAUCCGGAGCCGAUGGCAAGCCCAGAGCCAGCCCCCGUCGAAGAGGACAACGACGACAUGAACGCGACCAAGGCCCUUCCAGCGCCCGAGGAGCCGGCGGCGGCUGCGGCGCAAGAGGAAAGCACAGCCGGGAAAGCCGAGCCAGAUGCCUCCCUCAUCGUGGCCGACGACCCGGUCGAGGAGGAGGCCGACUUCCUGAACCUCAGCGCGGACGCCAUGUCCGGCCAAGAGCACGGGCGGCAGCUGGAGCUGGCGCUGUUCGACGGCAACGCAGCGCCGGAAGGCAGCGUGUUCCAAGGCUCCUCGGCGGACUGGGAGACGGAGCUGGUGCAUUCCGCGAGCGCGCUCGCGAAUCAGCGCGCCCAACUCGGCGGCGGCCUCAGCAUGUUGGUGCUGGACGGGAUGUACAACCACGCGGCGGCGGCGACCAACGCGCAGACGACGUUCUCCGGCAGCGCCAGCAGCGUGGCUCUGCGGCCACCACCAGGGCCGCACAUGCUCGCCUUGCCGGCGCCUCCAGGAGGCGGCAGCGCCGUAGCGGGUGCGGACCCUUUCGCGGCGUCGGCGCUGGUGCCUCCGCCGACGUAUGUUCAGAUGUCCGACAUGCAGACGAAGCGCCAGCUUCUGACGCAGGAGCAGCAGAUGUGGCGACAGUACGGCAAGAACGGAAUGCAGCAGGGGGCAUUGGCAAUGCCAAACCAGAAUCAACAGUUGCUACCACACGUGGGGCACAAUUACGCAGGGUAUCGGACUACAUAGAUUAAUGACCUGCAGAUGUAAUUCCUCCUGCGACCACAUUUCCUCCAGUGUUCGAAGAAAAGGCUUCGGAGUAUCAGAUAGUCAAAUUCUGUCAAUUUCCCUAACGCCGGGUUUACAUCU